CAGGAGAAGGAUUACUACGAGUAUUGAAUACGUGGGAGACCAUACCUUCUCUCUCUUGUUCUAUAUUCCCUUUUCUCAAAACCUUCUUCAUUCCAAUCAUCCAACAACAAUCAAUCCAUCCAUCAGCCUAACAAUGAGCAACGAAUAUGAUUAUCUCUUCAAGCUCUUGCUCAUUGGAGACUCUUCUGUUGGAAAAUCAUGCCUUCUUCUCCGAUUCGCUGAUGAUUCUUAUGUCGAUAGUUACAUAAGCACCAUUGGAGUUGAUUUUAAAAUUAGGACGGUCGAGCUGGAUGGGAAGACGAUCAAGCUGCAGAUUUGGGACACUGCGGGCCAGGAAAGGUUUCGUACUAUAACGAGCAGUUACUACAGAGGCGCACAUGGAAUAAUUAUUGUUUAUGAUGUGACUGAGAUGGAGAGCUUCAACAAUGUGAAGCAAUGGCUGAGUGAAAUUGAUAGAUAUGCCAAUGAAUCAGUCUGCAAGCUUCUUGUAGGAAACAAAUGUGAUCUUGUUGAGAACAAGGUUGUCGACACACAAACAGCUAAGGCAUUUGCAGAUGAGCUCGGGAUCCCUUUCCUUGAGACAAGCGCAAAAGACUCGGUCAAUGUGGAACAAGCCUUCUUGACAAUGGCUGCUGAGAUAAAGAAAAAAAUGGGUAACCAGCCAACGGGGGACAAGAAGUCGGGAAACACAGUGCAAAUCAAGGGGAAGCCGAUUGAGCAGAAGAGCAAUUGUUGUGGUUAAUGUACUCUUUUUUUCAAGUAUGUUAAAAACGAUAAGUAGCUGUAAAAUGCUGGUGUAAACAGUAAGGGUGAUUAUGUUUUGUAUGGAUGUAGUUUUAAGUGGUGGUAAAAUGACAAAGUAUGAUGGUUGUGCAUUUAUGUUUCUAAAA